GUUAGUCAUACACAGACACUGUGACUUCAGCUGAGGUGUCUCUCCGAGGACAGAUGCAACUUGGGGAUUUAACAGCAGGAUGUCAUGCCGAGACUUCAGCUGCCACGUAUGAAAGGAGGAGCAAACCAGAAGGAAGAAACAGCCCCUCCCUGCGCUGCUCCACAAUGACGCUUGGUGAAAGUUUGCAUCAGUGAUUUAGAAAUACAACAGCAUUCAUAAACAGUUGUGAAAGUAAUGGCAAAGGUAUAACAAGCAGUUUUACGUCAGCACGUAGACUGCUAGACUACAGUUCUGUCCCAAUUUUCUGCACCUUGUGUCCUUUCAUUUUCUCAGUUCAAGCUACUUCAAAGUGAAAUUAAUAUAAUGCUCACUUUCAUGGUGAAACACUUUGAAAAACUCAGUGAAGUUGAUAAAAAAAAACACCUAAUAACGCCGGUGUUGCAUCAGAAAGAUGCAGAAAUUCCUCACUUGUGUUUGAUCGGACGAUAAAAAUAAUGUGGUGGGUUACAGUUCCUGGUAUGAAUAUGGAGCACAAACACCAAAAGAGUAAGUGCAGGAGAAAUCAUUCAUUGUUUCCUGCAGUUUUGUGUCAUUAAACAGAGCCCCGUCCAGAGCUUGGAGCUGAUGAUGGGACGGCCCCCAUCCGCAUACCUCAACGUGAAAAGCCCCGUGGAAAGACACGAAGCGCUCACUGAUACGCUGCUGGUCCGGUCAGGGGGCUUGGACUGGAAACAUCCUCCAUCCACGACUGCAAAAAACCAGCAGCAGCACACACAUCACACAUACACAGAGAAUCCCACCGAGCUCCCACUGACGAUGACCGCGAAAAACCGACAGAAGAACAACUCGAACGAAAAGAGCGCCGCAUCCAGCCAAGAUGAUGCGUCGAAGAAAAGCCAAAAGAGCACCGGGAACGGGAUGAGUGGCCCCGGGCCUCAGGGAUCACGGUCAGGGAGCUGUCUCGGGCUUGUUGCGACCACAGUGUUUUAUAUUGCGUUGAUAGGCGCUGCAGGGUUUGCUGCUUUUCAUAUGCAGCAAGUAGUGGAGGAAAUUCGGCAGGCGAGCGCCAGACAGGAGCAGAGCGCACGGCUAAACGCAGAGCUGGGCACCAAAAUGGAGAGCGUCGUUCAACAGGUGGAAUCUCUGAGGAGCGUUGUGGACGGGCUGGAGUCAUCACUGGGCAUCACGCGGGUGGAGCUGGAGGGAGCCAUCAGCCGAAUGAAGAGGGGCGAGGUGGAGACGAGGAGGGUGGAGGAGACCCUUCAGAAGCUCCAGAACGAUCUACUCAGGGACCUUUCAGAGGGCAUCAAUGAGGUGAAGGAGGCCAGAGAAAGCGACUUCUCUUCCCUGGAGAAGACUGUAGAAGAGCGUCUGGCUGAGGUGAGUCGGUCCAUCACGGCCAGCAUGGUGGAGUUCACCGAGGCUCAGGGCGAGGCUCAGAACCAGCUGGCUGAUCUGAAGGCCCGCCUCGGUGACAUCGAAGAUCCUGCGCUCGUCAAACAGGAGCUCUCUGCCAUUGUUGAUGCUGUCGCUGAAAUCAAAACAGCCAAACAGGAUGCUGACGCCUCGGCCGUCUCACUCAGGGAGCAGAUAGGCGCCGUGAGGGCAGAGCUCCAGACUCGUAACCAGGAGGUAGCGUCACUGUCCCAGGAAAUUGAGUCAGUGAGGUCAGUAGUGCAAGACACCACUGGCCGUCUGAGGCAGUCACUGUCUGCCACAGAGGCCGGCGUCCAGGAUCUGCAGGACAAAAGUGUGACACUGGAGAGCGGCGUGGAGGAGGCCGCUAAUGCUGUUCGUCACGUGGAGAAUCAGGUGAAUGAAGCGACUGCCCAGUUCAAGAAACGGGCAGACGACCUGGAAUUCAGAGUUAAAGCAUCAGAGGAGAGCGGAGAUUCACUGUCAGCGUCAGCGUCAGACAUCACCAGCAAAGUGGAGUCCCUGCUCGCCAAACACGACACAUACGUAAGCACUCUGGCUGCACAGGGGCAGGCUGUGGACAAAGUCAAAACUGAAUUGAAACAGGAGAUGGAGGAACUUAAAAGCAAUCUGGAGGGGCUCCAGACCAGCAUGGCAGCUCUGGGUGAUGCCCAGGCCAAGCUGACUUCGAAGGAUCUGGAUCAGCAGGUGACGGACUUGACGGAAAGGCUCGCUGCUCUGGAGGGAAGCAGCAGCAGCAGCAGCAGGGCGGAGGCAGAGCAGCUGCAGAGCUUAAGAAACAUGGUAGCUGGAUUGGAAGCCAAAGCAGCCAAGUUAGAAGGCCACGAUGAAGCGAUUUCCACCCUUCAGAAAGCUCUACAGGAAACCACACGGACACUGGCAGGCUUACCCAAAGCCAAUGACCACGAGGAAGAGUAGGGAGUUUGAGUUAGCAACGUGACAGGAUAUCAAAAUGUGGACAAUAACGACUCCCAAAGGGUAACCAUAACCCGCCUUUCCUGUUUUCAUGAAGAAUCACUUUUCAAACUUGAUGGUUGAUGUCGCGAGGUUGCACAUUUUGGUAGAAAAGUAGGCAACUUGAGGAAAACUGUUCAGGAGAGAGGGGCAGCGCUGGACUGCCGAUCUGUGAAUUCAAACCCACAUUCAUUCUGCACUGUCAAUUUUUUUUCUUCUUAAGUUUUGUUCUGUUAAAUUUUAUGUUGUUGUUUUUUCCUUUGGAAAACCAACUGAAUGCAAUAAUAAGCUCUUUUUGAGCACUCCUUUGUUUACUCACUUUUUUUCCCCUUAAGAAUAAAAAUUCUCGUUGACCCACA